UCUCUUCUUUAGGCAGGCCUUUGGCGAUCUGUCUAUUAAUCUGUGUCCGUGACCUAUACUAUCUGUAUCCAAUGAUUAUUUGUAUGCGAGCGUGAAUAAGGAGUUUUACACUUAAUUAUAUUCAAUCGAUCACGAAUUAAUAACUGGGAAUUUAUUAAUAAAAGUGUGACAAAAAUGGGAAACGUUAUGUAUGCAUUAUUAUGAAUAAUGUAGAUUUAUAGAAUUUGCAAACAAAAAAGUGAUAUAAUAAUUGACAGUAACACUUGUGAUAAAAUGUCUAACACACUUACACCAUUUGUAUACUGGGCCCAAACAGAAAAUCAAAUUACAUUAAAAGUGGACCUGACUGAUGUAAAAGAAUUUAAUGUUAAUCUAAAGGAAACUACAUUGCAAGUUACAGCUUAUGGUCAGGGAGCUAGAGGUCUUAAUAAUUACAGCUUCAAUCUGAGUCUUCAUUCACCUAUUGAUCCAAAUGAGAGUAAUUACAAAGUAAUUGACCGUCAAGUGGAUUUUAUCUUGAAAAAGAAAUAUAGCAGUUGGUGGCCAAGAUUAACAAGUCAGCCGCAAAAGCCUUCAUGGCUUAAGAUUGAUUUUGAUAAAUGGAAAAGUGAAGAUAUGGAUGACAAUGAUGAUGAAAAACGUGACAUUCAUAAUGAUUACCCUGACAUGUAUGAUAAAUUGCAUAAAGAAGAAUUUGGUUAUAGAAAAGAGGAUCUUGCAAAGGUGUACCUAGUGAUAUAUAAUCUCUGUCAAUUUGUUGGUUUUAUUUAUGUACUUGCUGUAAUGGGUAUACGAUACUCACGAGAUGGGCCAGAUUCCAUGAAAGAAACAUUUGCCACAGUUGGCAAUCCGCUCAAGUUCAUACAACUUUUACAAUUUUUAGAGGUAAUGCAUCCUUUAUUUGGAUAUACAAAGAGUAACACACUUGUGUCCUUCUUGCAAGUGGGAGGAAAAGCGUUUGUGUUGUUUUUUAUGAUUGAUGCCGAGCCUCGUAUGCAAACUAAGCCAGUUGUUUUCUAUUUGUUCCUGAUAUGGAGUUUAAUAGAGAUAGUCAGAUAUCCAUAUUAUAUUACACAGUUAUUGAACAUUGAAAUAUCCUUUUUAACAUGGUUAAGAUACACCUUAUGGAUACCAUUAUAUCCAUUAGGUUUUGUAUGCGAGGGUAUCAUAAUAUUACGGAAUAUUCCAUAUUUCGAGGAAACUCAGAAAUUUACAGUUUCCUUACCGAAUACUUACAAUUUUGCUCUUCACUUCCCAUCUGUCAUGAGACUUUAUUUACUUCUAUUGCUCUUGCCUGGAAUAUAUACAUUAAUGUCCCGUAUGAGUCAAUUACGCUCUAGAAAACUUGGAAAAUCUACUAUUAAGAGGAAGUACAAAGCAGCAUAAGUAACUUUAAGCUUAUUUCCAUUCUGUAUUUCUUUUGUAAUUACUGUUAUAUGAAAGAUUAAUUAAAAAAAGUAAAAUAAUGAAAAACAUAAUGGCAACUUUGUUUUAACAUGUACAAUAAUGUAAUUUUAUAUAGAUGUUUUAUAUUGUUUUUGGUUAGAUAGGUUUUUUAUAUGUAUGAUAAUGCAAAUUUUAUUUGAGUGUAUGCAUAGUAAGACAUACAAAAUUCGUUGAGUAAUUAUGCAUUAAUUACCUAAGCUGAUUUUAUCUGCUUAUACUACAUUUAUUAAUGUAUGUAAUUCAAAGGAGCAAUACCAAAGUUAAUAUUAAGACUAAUUGAGUUUUUGCAUGUCUUGAAUACAAAUCUUGUAUAUGAGAAAAUAGAAUAAAUCAUGUAAAUAAGACAAAUAUUACAAUACAAUUUCGUUGGAUCUACAAUGUAUCUAAUAUAUUUAUAUACUAUGCAUAUAUUAGACAUAUAAUAUAGGUUUAUAGAAAUACAUUGUCUUGAAAAGCUAGAAA